AUGGCGGCUGUUACAAGAGCUAUCGUGUUGAGGCAAAUUUUGAAAAUAAGAAGGGAAAGAAGACAAAAGCAGCUACAAAUAUUAAAUUAUUUGAGAGAUAGGAAAUUACGUAUUGCCCAGUUAUGUUCACUGUUGCUCGCCCUUACAGCUAAAAAACCAUCGAUUUCGCGAGUUCGUUUUUGUCGCCGCUUGGAAAGAACAACACAAUGGAGUCUUUGGUGGAACUCUGUAUGGUCCAGUUACUCCGAAAAGAGAUUUAGAGGCCCCUUUUGCGUGUCACGAAACAUUUUCAAUUUCGUUCUUAAUGGAAUUGCAAAUAAUUUGAGAAAAGCUACAAGAACCGAACUGCCAGUAUCACCAGCUUGUAGACUAGCCAUUUGCCUUUACAGAUUGGCAAGAGGUGAUUACUAUUACACACUGUCUGAGAGGUCGGGCCUGGGGGUUGCGACAAUACAAGGAAUUGUUAUCGAGGUAUGCCAACUAAUUGUUUUAAAUUUGUGGCAAGAUGCUGUUACCCGACAUUUCCCCUCGUCUGAAGAACAAUUGAGAGAGAAGAUGAUUGAGAUGGAGGAGAUUUGGCAAUUUCCUUGCUGUUGGGCAGCUGUUGAUGGAUGCCAUAUUUCUAUUAAAUGCCCAGAUGGUGGGGCUGCCAAGGAAUAUUAUAACUUUAAAAACUUCUAUUCUAUUGUCUUAAUGGGUCUUGUUGAUGCUAAAUAUCGAUUUGUUUGGGCAAGUGUUGGGUUUCCCGGCAAUACUCAUGAUGCAAUGAUCUUGCAGGCAACACAGUUAUGGAAAGACAUAUCAACAAACAAUGCCAUUCCUUCCAUAUCUAAAUAUAUAGGUGGGGUUGAGGUUGGUCCACUCAUAGUUGCUGAUUCAGCAUUUCCCUGCACAACAUGGAUCAUGAAGCCUUACACAUGUGCACUACUUACACCAGAACAAAGUAAUUUUAACUAUAGAUUGUCUCGUGCAAGGAUGGUUACAGAAUGUGCUUAUGGCCAGCUAAAAGGAAGAUUUAGAGUUUUAUAUAGAAAGUGUGAGUGUAAUGAGCAAACAAUGAAACCAAUCACAUUAGCAUGUAUUGUGCUGCACAAUUUAUGCAUUGAAAAUGGCGAACCAUUACCUACACAAUCAGAUUUGGCUGCUGAUCCGACAACAAUGGCGAGACGAGACCGGAAAGCUGUGAGGAAGCUAUUAAAUAUGCGGAGUUGUGAAAAAGUAAAGGACACUUCUGUCCAGGCUGUAAAGAUAAGAGGGGUUUUGAAAGAUAAAUUGUGGAAAGAAAGGGAAGGACAUGGUGUCUGUUAGUAUACCAUAUUAAUGAUUAAGAUUGAACAUCAAAAUUUGGUUAUUUUAA